UUUUUUUUAUCUUUUUCUUUUCUUUUUAAUUACAAAUCAACUAUGCCUUUUCAAAUCAAUUCUUUUGUUACAUCAGAUGUCCAUGGUAAAUUCAAGGAAUCUACACGUCCAGUUGAAGAACUUGGUCCUCAUCAAAUUUUGAUCGAACUUGCUGCUGCUGGGAUCUGUCAUACGGAUUGUCUUUAUCUCGAUCAACAAGGAUUAGUUCUUGGUCAUGAACCUGUGGGUUAUGUGAAAGAAAUGGGUUCUGCUGUCACUGGAUUCACUAAAGGUGAUUAUGUUGGAUUCUCUUAUAUGCAAUCAGCUUGCUUGACUUGUGACCAAUGUUGUGCUGGUGAUGAUCUUUAUUGUAAGGAUCGUGUUUGUUUCCCUGGUAAUGGAAGUAACAAUGGUUUUGCUGAUGCUGCUGUUGUGGAUUCUCGAUUUACUUAUCAUAUUCCUUCUGAAAUUGAACCUAAGCAUGCUGCUCCUCUCAUGUGUGCUGGUUCUACUGUUUUCAAUGGUUUACUCUCUACGAAUUUGAGUCCUACCGCUUCAGUUGGUAUUGUUGGUAUUGGUGGUUUAGGUCAUCUUGCUCUUCAAUUUGCUAACAAAUGGGGUUGUCAUGUCACUGCCAUCUCCACCAGUAAUUCCAAAAAGGAAGAAGCCCUGUCAUUCGGUGCUCAUGCUUUUCUCAACUCGAAUGAUUUUGCUACUCCUGGCUUCUUUGAUUCCGCUCCCAAGUUUGAUUUGAUUCUCAACACCACCAGUGUGGAUUUACCUUAUGAUGAUUAUAUCAAGUUAUUGAAACCUAAGGGACAAUUUUUAUUGAUUGGUGUACCUAGCAAGUCAGUGGAAGUGAGUGCUUUCCCUUUUAUUGGCUAUGAAUUGGGAAUGCGUGGAUCUCUUGUCGGUGGUCGUCGUGCCGUAAGAUUGAUGUUGGAAUUUGCUGCUCGUCAUGGUAUUAAGCCUCAAGUGGAAGAAUAUCCUUAUACUUUACAAGGACUGGAACAAGCUAUGGAACGAUGUGAAAACUACAAGGCUAGAUAUAGAGCUGUGUUGGUGAAGGAUAAACAAUAAUUAGUAUUAGAAAUAUAGUUUUCUAUUGUUAUUAUCUUUUUUUUUUUUUUUU